CAAGAGAGAGAGAGAGACUGACUGACAGUCACGGCUCUGACUAUGGUUGGUGUGUGGCUGGGUGUCACCCAUCUCAAUCUCAAGUUGUGGUAACCAAGAGUCCCCAAGAGGAUACGGCACAAAGGUUUUCUCCUUCACACACACUUCACUGGGUACAAACUGUGCCACGACCAUGUUUUCCUUCAGGGCACCCUCAUCCAUGCGUGCGCCUUCAGGGCACCUUCAGAGCAACAACGCAAUGGCUGCAUCAAGCUUGCUCUUCCUUGCCAUCCUAGCUGCCUCGACCACCGCCACCUUCUCCGUUGUCGAUGGAAGAUCCAACGGGAGCUGCAUCCCGGCCGAGAGGGCUGCGCUGCUCUCCUUCAAGGCCGACAUCACAGUCGACCCGGCGAAUCGCCUCGCAUCAUGGCAGCAAGGACACCACGACUGCUGUCUGUGGAGCGGCAUCACCUGCAGCCGCCGGACAGGCCACGUCAUCAAGCUCGACCUCCGCAACGAUUACCCAGCUCCAGGAGAGGAUUAUUUCCUUGAUCCUGGUGAUACUGAAAACCACUCGCUGCGCGGACAGGUAUCUUCUUCGCUGCUUGCUCUCCGACGUCUCAAGCAUCUCGACCUGAGCUGGAAUAUUUUUCUCGGAGAUGCAAAGGCUAUGCCGGGGUUCCUGGGCUCUCUCCGGAGUUUGAGGUAUCUCAACCUCUCCAACAUGGGUUUUCGUGGCAGAGUGCCUCCUCAGCUAGGCAACCUCUCCAAGCUAGUACAACUUGACAUACAUGCCAAUUAUGACACUGAUCUACACACAAAUGAUAUAUCUUGGUUAGCAUCUCUUGGCUUGCUAGAGCAUCUUAACAUGGGCGGGAUCAACCUCAGCGGAGUCAUUGACUGGGUCCAUAAGGUCAACGCCCUUCCCAAUUUGGUUGUGCUGGCUAUGUUUUCAUGUGGUCUUAUUAAGAGUAAUGUUUCAUGGUCACUUGUACACCAGAACCUUACAGUUCUUGAGGAGCUUGACCUCUCUUAUAACCCUUUCCAAGGUCCGUCUGCAUCCAACUGGUUUUGGGACAUAACUAGCCUCAAAAGGCUACACUUACGGGGUUGUGAAUUAUCAGGCACGUUUCCUGACGAGUUGGGCAACUUGACCUUGUUGGAGACUUUUGACGUUCAAGGAAACAACAUCCAAGGAAUGAUACCUGCAACACUGAAAAACAUGUGUAACUUACGGUCUCUUGGUCUCAGCUUCAACAACAUCGGCGGGGGCAUAACAGAGGUGAUAGAUAGGAUACCUAAUUGUUCUCGGAAGAAUUUGCAAGAAUUGGCUCUAAUGGAUGCCAACAUCACUGGCACAACAUUACAAUUUGUGACAAACCUGACUAGCUUAUACGUGCUUAAUGUCCAUGGAAACCAAUUGAGUGGUUCAGUGCCCGUGGAGAUUGGCACGCUUGCAAAUUUGACCUACUUAAACCUUGGAAACAACACCUUGAGCGGUUCAGUGCCUGCAGAGAUUGGCACGCUUACAAGUUUGACUCACUUGUACCUUGGACGCAACAACUUGAGUGGUCUGAUAUCAGAAGACCAUUUUGCAGGUUUGAUGAAUUUAGAGUCUCUUGACUUAUCCUCUAAUAAUUUGGAUGUUAUUGUGGACUCACAUUGGAUGCCUCCGUUCAACUUGGAAUCAGCAUGGUUUUCAUCUUGUCAUUUAGGUCCCCAAUUUCCUAAAUGGCUUCGUUGGCAGAAAAGCACCAAGAUCCUUCAUAUUUCAAACACAGGCCUAGUUGGUAAGAUCCCAUAUUGGUUUUGGACUACCUUUUCUGAUGCUACAUAUUUGGACAUCUCCUUGAACCAUCUUAGUGGCAAUUUGCCACUCAAUCUCGAGUUCAUGUCUGUGAUUAAACUUUUAAUGCAGUCAAAUCUGCUAACUGGUUUGAUACCCAAGUUAUCAAGAACAACUGAGAUAUUGGACAUAUCUAGAAACUCUUUAAAUGGCUUUGUGCCAAAUUUCCAAGCUCCACAACUACGGGCGGCAGCUCUUUUUUCCAAUUCUAUAACUGGGACUAUUCCGAAAACAAUUUGUCGAAUGCAAAAAUUGCGGGUUUUGGAUCUUUCGAACAAUCUGCUUUCAAAGGAACUUCCUGAUUGUGGUAUAAAAGAGCUCAAACAGGGGAACCCGUCUAGCAACAACUCCUCAAAAGUCAGAUCUCUGAGAUAUUUCAGUUUGAGGAUCACUAGUUUCCUUCUAAGCAACAACAGUUUUUCAAGUGGAUUUCCUUUGUUCCUACGACAAUGUCCAAGGCUGGUUUUCCUCGAUCUAACUCAAAACAAAUUCACUGGAGAGUUACCUGGAUGGAUUAGCGAAGCCAUGCCUGGUUUGGUUAUGCUACGGUUAAGAUCAAACAAAUUUUCAGGUCACAUUCCAGUUGAAAUAAUGGGACUUCAAGAUGUUCGUAUCCUGGAUCUGUCCAAUAAUAAUUUUUCUGGGGCCAUACCAAAAUGUUUAGAAAAAUUGAAAGCUUUGACUCACACUUCUACUUCUAAUAAUAUGUCAUUUGAUAAUCCUUUUGAGGAAGGAUAUCGUAGCUCUAUGUCCAUGUCCUCUAGUCUGUCUAAUGAUAGCUUCUUGGUGGUGAUAAAAGGGCAACUGCUAGAGUACAGGGAGAAUACUCUAUACUUGAUGAGCAUUGAUUUAUCUUGCAAUAGUUUAAUCGGAGAAAUCCCGGAGGACCUUACCUCCCUCGUUGGACUCAUAAAUUUGAAUUUAUCAUCAAACUUGCUGAGUGGAAAUAUUCCAUAUAAGAUUGGCAACCUUCGCUCACUGGAGUCUCUUGAUCUCUCAAAGAACAAACUUGCUGGUGAAAUUCCGGAAGGCUUAUCAGAUUUGACAUACUUGAGCUGUCUCAAUUUGUCAUACAAUAAUCUGUCAGGAAGAAUACCUUCAGGGCAUCAACUCGACAUCCUCGAGACAAAUGAUCCAGCUUCCAUGUACAUUGGUAAUCCUGGUCUUUGUGGACUUCCAGUUUCAAGGCAAUGCCCACGUCCUCCUAGAGACCCACCCAGUAAUGGAGAUUCAGCAAGAUGGUUUGAAUAUGGCUCGUCUCAAAUGGAUUUUCUUAUAGGAUUAAUUGUUGGUUUUGUGGUGGGUGCUUGGAUGGUAUUUUGCGGGCUUCUAUUCAUGAAGAGAUGGAGGUAUACUUAUUUUGGGGUAUUCGACAAGCUAUAUGACAGAUUGUAUGUCAUUUCUGUUGUUACUCGGCAGAAAAGGUUCGGGAACACGGGCUAAAAUUAAGGAAGAACUGCCGAACGUACCACCAUUUGUAUAAGGGGAAUGAAGUACUUCUUGCUAGUAUAUUUUAUUGUCAAACCCUUUGUCAUUCAGAACUUAUUGUUGUAUUGUAUUGUAUCUUUGUACAUCGGUUGUGCAUGCCACAUGGUUUCCGCUCUCAUAUAAUA